UCUCUCUCUAUCUCUCUCUCUCUCAUCUAUUCUCUUUUUUUUGUUAUUAUUAUUAUUUGCCAGUUUUGAGUCUUUUGACCUCUGGAGCCCUUGAUUCGUCCUUGAUUUCCUCCUCUGAACUUCUGGAAUUCAUACCGGAAUUUUCGCCGGAUUCGUCACACUGAUAUCUGACGGCGGAGUGAGCAUACAGUACAAGCUUCAUUCGACUUGUGUUGAUGAAGCUUCUUUGAGCUUUUUUUCUGCUUUGUUUCUGUUGAUCUGGUUGUUUGGUGAGACGCGAUGGGUUGUGCUGGAUCCUCGCAGAGCAAAGGAGACGAGAGUACGAAAAAGAUCCGAAAGCCAAAGCCUUGGAAGCAUUCUCAGCCACUAACAAGGACACAGCUUAGACAGAUGCGAGAGGAGUUCUGGGAUACUGCUCCUCACUAUGGUGGCCAGAAAGAGAUAUGGGAUGCGCUUCGAGCAGCUGCAGAAGCUGAUUUGACCCUUGCACAAGCAAUUGUGGACAGCGCAGGUGUCAUCGUUACAAGUGCUGACUUGACAACCUGCUACGAUGAAAGAGGUGCYAAGUAUGAACUUCCCAAGUAUGUUUUGAGUGAGCCAACCAAUUUGAUUCGUGACAGUUGACAACAGAGGGUAGACGAAUCACCAUGCUUCAGUCAAACUAAUUGUAAAUCAUGUAAAUUACUUAAUUCUCUUUUCAUUAUCUUUAAAGGAGUUUGGCGAGCUUAUGAUGGUAAAUUGGCAUUUAGGUUACUUCCUCAAAGCACAUAUGGAAGUUACUGCAAUUUACCUCAAUGAACAGGGGAACACAUCUAUUGAUUUUUCUUUAGUGUGACUCAGUUCUUCAAUGAAUAUAUAGCGCAUCUUUUCUUCAGUUUAA